AUGCCGGGCGAUGUGCCGGAGGGUGAAGCCUGGCGCUUUGGGACCUUCAAGGACCCGAAGAUCACUCAAGAGGUGAAGUUUAGCGGUGAGCGAAGGCGCUGCAAGCAUUGCCUCAUCUACAAGCCAGACAGGUGCCACCACUGUCGGAUUUGCAAGUCGUGCAUCUUGAAGAUGGACCACCACUGUCCCUGGAUCAUGAAUUGCAUCGGCUUUAGGAAUCACAAAUACUUCUUCUUGCUCAUCAUUUACUCCAUGCUUUGUUGCGGCUUCAUUGGCAUCACUGUCUUUGAGACCAUUGUGUGGUCUUUGGAACAGGAGAUGCCAAUUAGUCACCGCUUUCUGCUGCUGCUGUGCUUUAGCACCACAUCCAUUAUGGGCGGGUUGCUGGUGAUGUUCGCCGGCUUCCACACGAUGCUGAUGCUCCGUGGUCUCACGACCAUCGAGUUCUGCGAGAAGAUGUCCAUCGUCACCAGUGGCACGUGCUGCAAGUACGACCUCGGGGUCUAUCGGAACAUCACGGCGGUGUUUGGACCGCGGCCCUACUUGUGGCUCCUCCCCGUGGAUCCACCAGUGGGUGAUGGUGUCAUCUUCGGCAAGCAGGCUCGGCAUCGCGCCGACAACGAUCCCGAAUGGACAUGA